CCAAUCGAGUCUCCAGACUCGAUGAAGAAGAGACGAAUCCACCGUUGUGAUUUCAACAGCUGCAACAAAGUCUACACCAAGAGCUCUCAUCUGAAGGCACAUCGCCGCACACACACAGGAGAGAAGCCCUAUAAGUGCAUGUGGGAGGGGUGCACGUGGAAGUUCGCCCGUUCGGACGAACUGACUCGUCACUUCCGUAAACAUACGGGCGUCAAACCGUUCCAGUGUCCCGACUGCGAACGCAGCUUCUCCCGUUCCGACCACCUGGCUCUACAUAAGAAACGACACCUGCUGGUCUGAAAGGCAACGCAACGGCUGUGAAACGUCUGUUCGACACACAAGGCAUCGCGAACGCAGCCCGUUGGAUAGUUGGUCCAUACCGACCCCAAGACAGGACCGUUGGACAGAGAGACCCGGGACUUAAACAUCCUCUGUCUAUCACUUUAUUCAGUCAGCCAAUCAGCCGUCCUCUUCCUCUCCACUCCUCCACCUCUUCUUAGUACAAGUACUCCCUGUUGUCUCCCAGUACUCCCCGUUGUCUCCCAGUACUCCCCGUUGUCUCCCAGUACACCCCGUUGUCUCAAAGUGCUCCCAGUUGUCUCCCAGUGCUCCCCGUUGUCUCCCAGUGCUCCCCGUUGUCUCCCAGUGCUCCCCGUUGUCUCCCAGUGCUCGCCGUUGUCUCCCAGUGCUGAAGGCGGAUGGUGUUCGUAGGCCCAGAUCUAGGAUCAGCUAAACCUCCAGACGUCUUGACCUUAACCAUAGAGAUAGACAGAGGUCUUAACCAUAGAGAUAGACAGACAUCUUAACCAUAGAGAGAGACAGACAUCUUGACCUUAACCAUAGAGAGAGACAGACAUCUUGACCUUAACCAUAGAGAUAGAC